GGUGCGCAUUUCCCAGAGAAAGAGUAUUUCACCAAUGUUUUUUUUUUGCAGAGUUGUUUCCAAGAGACAAUAACAUGAGAAAAAGAAGACAACAAUUUCUUUGAUUAAUUUGUACCCAUAAAUGCACCCUGAUUUCCAGGAAAAAAUCGGCGGUCAUAGAACAUAUUUUUCCUUUUUCAUGGAACCGUGGCCACGCAUGGUCCACCCUAUUGACCAUCGAUCAACAGCUUCGCCACGCCACGUGAAGUCUCUUCUGGGCUUGUGCAAUGCACCGCGUCCAGCCGCACUGCAUCUUACAGACUAGGGGAGAGCGAACUCAUUACACCACGCCGUCGUCGUAAUCAUACUUGCUCGCCGAAGUGACUUUUGCGGUUUGUUUGUGGGGUUUGUCUUCAUUUCUGGGGAAAUGUGUUGGAUCCGCCGUAAAAAAAACAAUUCCAGAAGGCAGUGUUGGCAGAUAUUCAAGUUUUAAGAUUUAUUUGAAAAGCGAAGCCUUGAAACAGUCUACAAUUUUCAGUCAAGAACUCCACGGUGAAUGAAUCAACUGGUUGCCUCUUCUCUGCGAGUGGCCCGGUUAAAGUCCAGUGAGGAAUGUAAUUGAGCGGUGAGAUCGUCCGCUGCAGGUUUAGCCACCCGUCACUGAGCUCCUCGGGGUCUGCAAAUGGGUUUCCUGGUCAAACAGCGAAGGAGAGUGCUCGACUUGCGGUGGACACUGGCGGUGACCUUGGCACUGCUCGUGACGCUGGUCCAGCCCGACGGGAUCAAGCUGCCGGACCAAACAGACGAAGGCAGGUCGUUGCCGACGGGAGGCGGUGCGGGCGUGGCGCCCGCGGACGGGGAAGGUCGCCGCAUGGGCAAACAUCUGCUGGACUUUAUCGGGUUGGGCACGGGGGGUAACGUGGACCCGUACCUGGCCCGGACCAACUCGCAGUGUCUGAACGGAGAGCUGGCCGACUGCUUCAAGUCGCAGGCGCUCAACACUUUCACCGACUUCUUCGCCAAGGAUGUGUACCAAUUAACAUCCGACGCCCGAAUCGUCCGAAUGCCGGAGACUCAGCUGCGAUCGCUGGAUCGUGAAGGCUUCGAAUACUCGGAAGAACCGCGCCAGCUCGACUCCGAGUGGGACGCCCUGUACAAGUUUGGCUUGCGUCAGCUGGAGCGUUUCGUCAAGUCUGCCGCGCUGGAGUUUGCCAUCCCGGAUGAGCUGACCGAAGGAGGUCGCUACUCGGCACGCUUCAUCGACGAGAUCUCCGACGAGAUCGACGUGAUCGAGGACAAGAAGGCCCCGCUGUUCACCCGCCACCGGCUCAAGAAGAUUUUCAUCCCUCUGCUCAUCAUCCUGAAGAUUUUCAAGCUUAAGCUUCUGCUCUUCCUGCCGGUCAUUUUGGGUCUCGCGAGCUUCAAGAAACUGCUCGGCUUCGCUGCCAUCAUCAUUCCCGGCGUGAUCGGCUACCUCAAGGUGUUCCGGCCCAACCAGAGCUGUUGCAACACCAAUGAGCUGUUCUCGUCUGGGUACCAACCACCGCAAUACUCACCCCAGGGCGUGGGCUCGGUCAGCUACAAUCCGUUCAAGCCCUACCAGAACCAGUACUCGCGGCCGGAACCGAACUUUGCCGCGCCGUACGGCAACUACUACCGGGAUUCGCACGAGCUGAAGUCGUCCGGUGGAGUCAAAUUUGGUGACGACCAGGCCUAUCAGGGAUACUCCGAGUACCGCAGCAGCGACAAGGACAUCAAGGCCGAAAACUGAGCGGCGCACACGCAAAAACCGCGAAACUUACCGCGCGAAUACGCUUCAAACGAGGAGAAAGGGGUGGAGUUGUAACUGUAUAAAUUAGUGCUUAAGGUGUGGACGAAGCGUGAAUGAUAUUGUGUUGUUGAGUACUGUUUGUUAUUACCAAUUAUAUGUGCGUACGAAAAACCCGCGACAGCCAUCAGUGAUAGUGUAAAUAUUUAUGUUAUAUAAAUUGAAAUUAAAAUUCUACCCGCAAAAUAAACAUAAAACG